AUGCCGUCGAGGGAGAACGCCGACGAGAUAGAGUCACGUGUUCGCUACACGGAUGGACCACCUGAGAGCUCAGCUGGACACUGCUCAAGGACCUCGUCAACGUCGCUCACGAAACUUGAGAACAUAUUGGAUGACAAUGGCGAGGUUGUGUUAAAGAAGCUGCUUGCAUCUGCAGUGAAGCCUGAAUACUUGAAGCUGGUUUUGAUUGAUACCUACAAAAGAAACAUUGUUCGUCUUAUAUAA